GCUUCUUCAGUACCCGUCUCCACUUCGACGUGCGCAGCCGUGCGCUUCUCACCUGGUUCCCAUCCGUCUCUCUCUUUUUUUUUUUCCCCCUGUGAUUCUUCCUCGGUGUGUAUGUGUUUGUUGUGUACUUGAGUGCGUCCUCUUCUUCUCUGAAAAGAGGUGGGGCUUUUGCUACCGUCCGCUAGUUUCCUCAGUGUGUCUUGAUCGUCUGUCAGGUGCACAAGUGUUUCUCGGUGAUACCGCAGUUUGCGCGUGAAAAUAAAAACGAGAGAAAAUGGCGAACAUUCGUUGGAUUAUUGCCGUCAUCUGCUUCGUAACAGCAUGGUCUUCCGCGAUGGCGCAAAGGCCAACGGCCAAGGCCGUCAGCCCCGUUUCCAAGAACAAUAAGCGAGUCGUUUGUUACUACGCUAAUUGGGCGGCUUAUCGUCCUGGACAGGCCAAGUUCUUGCCGCAAAAUAUCAAUCCCUACCUGUGCACCCAUCUGAUCUACGCGUUCGGUGGUUUCACCAACGAUUUCACCCUGAGACCUUUCGACAAAUGGCAAGACAUCGAUCAAGGGGGUUACGCCAAAUUCAACGGUCUCAAGGCGCACAACAAGAACUUGAGGACUCUGCUGGCCAUCGGCGGAUGGAACGAAGGGUCGACCAGGUUCUCCAAAUUGGUCGCCGAUCCGGAGACCCGCCAGAAUCUGGUCAGAUCGGCCAUCAAGUACCUCCGUCAGCAUCAAUUCGACGGCCUCGAUCUCGACUGGGAAUAUCCGGCAUCUCGCGAUGGUAGCAAACCUGCAGACAGAGAGAAUUAUGCCCUUCUUGUCAAGGAAUUGAGAGACGGUUUCGAUAACGAAAAAGGCAAUCGAGAAAGGCUCUUGUUGACCAUGGCCGUGCCGGCCGGUGUGGACACGAUCGAAUUGGGUUUCGACAUUCGUUCGCUCAACAGAGAUUUGGAUUUCAUCAACAUCUUGAGCUACGAUUACCACUCGUCGUUCGAACCGCAGGUCAACCACCACGCUCCCCUUAGAGCCCGCAGCAACUUUGAGGACGCGUUUGACCCCAAUGAGGAGCUUAACAUCGACUCCACCGUUCAAAUUUACCUGCUGAACGGAGCAUCGGCCGAUAAACUGGUGCUGGGCAUACCGACCUACGGUAGAGCGUUCCGAUUGGCCAACUCUGAUAUGACCGAGCUGGGCAGCCCAGCUGACGGCCCGGCCGAAGCUGGUAAAGCCACCAGAGAAAAAGGAUAUUUAGCCUAUUACGAGAUUUGCGAGAAGAUUGGAGUGGAGAACUGGGCCGUCGAGAAACCCGACCCGGAAGCCGUCGGACCGUUUGCCCACAACGGCAUCGAAUGGGUCGGCUACGACGACGAGGACAUGGCGGCUAAAAAGGCUCAAUAUGUCGUCGAUAACGAUCUAGGCGGCAUCAUGUUCUGGUCGAUCGAUAACGACGAUUUCCGCGGCCAGUGCACCGGCCGAAAGUAUCCAUUGAUCGAGUCUGCUAAAGCCGCUCUGUACGGCCAGACUUUGCCCCCCAUAAGUCCAAUCAACGCCAUCGAAGAUCGCAAUUCAGACACUAGCACAUCGAGUACAAACGCUUUAAUUCGACCGUCUUUGAAACGGCCGACUUCUAACAGCGAUAGAAUCAGAGGUCCAGGUUCCACGACGACUCGAAGGCCAACUCAAGCCGCUAGUCAAGCAGAUUUCAAUCCGUUUACGACUCCCGAACCCCCUACCACUCCCGAAUCGAUCGUCGAUUUCGAGUGCAAAGAGGAAGGUUUCUACCCGAAUCCCAAAGACUGUAAGAAAUAUUUCUGGUGCUUGGAUACCGCCGCUGGCAUGGUAUCCCACAUCUUUACCUGCCCGUCAGGUUUGCAUUUCAACAAGUUCACCGACUCUUGCGAUUACGCCACAAACGUCAUCUGCAAAACGGGAGCUGGAGCCACAACGACCACCACCAUCAAACCGUUUUUAGCGCUAUCGACGACGACGACGACGACGACGGCCCGACCUACUACAACCAGGCGGCCCACAACAACAAAAACAACUACAACUACUACAACAACAACUCCCGAACCCGAACCGCUCGAUUACGUCGACGACAUUCAACCACAGCCAUUAUCCAAAAACGCAGAGACCACACCCGACGAACUGCAACAGCUUUUGCAGCUCAUUACCGAUCUAGGUGGCGUUGAUGCUGUGAAACAACUGCUGGAAAAGAGCACGGGGUCGGGACGUGGCCGCAAAGAGGACGGCCAAUCCAUCCGUCUUAGCUCGGCUCAACGCCAAGCUCUUGAAAGGGUUAUCCGCCCGUCUUCAACACGCGAACAAAGCGAGGCGGCGCAAGAAACUUCCACUCGAAGGGCCAGACCCAAUUCCCCGCAAUACUCGACUUUGCAAAGGAGACGGCCAGGCAAUCAGACCAUAAAGAUUGAAGAGGUAAAAGAAGUGGAAACGACGACCGAACGUGCCCGUCCGACUAUCCUCAUCCGCACUGAAGAGGCGCCACCGACAGCUCAGCCGCAAGGGACGAGUAGCAGCACCACGGCGUCCAGCAUCUUCGACGAUCCAGCGGACGCGGAUCCUGCGGACAUCUUUGCCUACGACGAAGAAUUAGCAUUCGAUUACGUUGAUACAGAAUCUCCUUUCGCUUUAUCCGACGCAACGACCACUACCACUACUACAACAACAACAACAACUACAACGACAACAACAACAGAGAGACCCACAACAACAACCCAACGGAAAGUCGUUUCACGACGAAGGCCGCUCAAUUCCAGGGGGCAAUCAACAACCGUCAGGACACCAGUGACGACGACCAGGACUCCGGUGAUUGUUACGACCACGCCCAUACCACGUGCUCCCAUCGUCAUCGCCAUUCCAGCACCCAUCAGCCGGCCCGUCGGUGACGACUUUUCCAGACGUCCAGCGUCUACCGUAUCGCCCCGACCGGCUGGACUUUCGAAUGUUAGCAGACCGGCCGUCAAUCAAGAUGAUAUUACAGGUGAUGCCGAAGUGUUCCAGCAAGGCGUUCCCGUAGGUCAGAGCGUCAAUGGCAAUGUGGUAGAGAUCGACGAAGAUGGACGCGUCUUUUGUUACGACAUUGGCAAUUUCGCCUAUCCGGAAGAUUGCGCCAAAUUCGUUCACUGCGCCCGAGGUCCCGGACGAGGUGAAACGGAACCAAUUAGCGGUUGGGUGCACACCUGUCCGCCACGUCUUUCUUUCGAUCCGGUUGGAGCUAUUUGUAACUGGGGCUCUCCUGUGCGUUGUCGACAAAUUUAAAGAUUUUAUUUUAUUUUUUAUUUUUUAUUUUUUAUUUUUUUUUACAUUUAAGAAUUAAAGAAAAAGAAAAAAACCAAUCCCUACUCAUCCAGCCACAUUUCUUUAAGUUCUGGCUUUUUUUUUUUUUUUUUUUUUUUUUUUUUGCUAUCUCCACACCUUUUGUGUCGUAUAUGCCACUGUCAUUUGUGUAAAUAUCAAAAAUAUUCCCCUUCCUAAUUUUGAAUUUUUUUUUAUUUA